GCUUGACCGCUCGGCCUGCUUCGCCUUGCAGAGGCCGCGCGGCAGCGGAUCAUCGGUCGCUCCGGCAUGGCCGAGGGGGUGCAGCCGCCGCUGCCACCGGAGGACGGGGCCCCGGGGACGUGCGGGCCGGGAGCCCCGCCGGGCGGUGAAGACGCCAACUCGCCAGCUGCUCCCCUGUGGGACUGUUUGCUGCCCCCUGGGCCCUGGCGGGGCCUGUGCACCUGGCAGUGUUGGCACCAGCGGGUCCUGGAGCACCUGGUGCAGGAGAGGACCCCUGACGGCCCCUCCCGGACUGCUCAGGUGACGUUUGAGGACGUGGCCGUCUAUUUCUCCCCCGAGGAGUGGGCGGAGCUGGCAGCGUGGCAGAAGGCGCUCUACUGGGAUGUGAUGAAGGAGAACCACACCCUGGUGGCCUCUCUAGGGUCUGCCCACGACCACCAGCCCGAGGCCCUGUCCCGGAUAGCGCGAGGGGAGGCCCCUCCGCCUGCGGAUCCUCCAGGGGGGAAGAGGGAAGCCGCUCCCCGAGACCCCAGCCCGGGAGCUGAGACAGACGGGCCCCCUGCUCGAUGUGGAACGGCUUCCGGGGAUGCGGCGCAGGUGGGGGCCGGAGGCCGGGCAGAAGCCGAGGAGGCGUGCAGGAAGAGUGACUCCAAAGAAGAAGCCGGGCUGGGAGCUCCCUCCACCCCCAACCCUGGUGACCACCAGAGCGCCCUGGACCAGGUCCGCCAGCGGGCCGCCCACUGGACCCUCUCCGAGACCAAGGCCUUCGUGGAGCUCUGGGGGGAGGACCGCGUCCAGACGGCCCUCUACGACAACUACCGCAACGAGGUGCAGUACAAGCGCCUGGCGGACCGGAUGGGGAAGAUGGGCUUCCGCCGCAACCUGGAGCAGUGCCGGCAGCGGGCCAAGGACCUGCGGAGGGGCUUCAAGGAGAUCCAGGACGGCCACCUCCACUCCAACCGCGCCCGGCAGACCAUGCCCUUCUUCUCCCUCCUGGAGCGCUUCCUGGUGGUCAGCCGGGGCCUGGUCGUCCCCAAGGUCUGCGCCAACCGCGCCCGGCAGAAGGGCCGGCGGAGCAGGAGCCGGAGGGAGGAGCGGCCCGGGGAGCCGCCGUUCCCGCUCACGCUGGCCCCCGACGGCUCGGACUGGCACCGGCUCCCUCUCCCGGACCGGGACCGGCCCCAGGUGCCCGACCGGGAGCCCUGCGGCCCUCCCGCCUACAGGGGGCAGCUGACCAAGCAAGACCCCGCGGCCCACCCGAGGGGGGUCCCCGGCUACCGGCCGCCAAGGCAGGACGGAUCCUCGCUUCCCUGUGCCGCGGGGCUCUCCGGCUUCCCGCUGCGGCUGCAAGACCAGGAGGCCUCCGCAGUGCCCAGCCGCCUCCAGCAGCAAGAGAUGGCGCUGGCCCCCGUCAACGGGCUCUCUGCCGCCAGCAGCCUCUGGCAGGAGAUGGCGUCCCUACCCCCGGAGCACCCCACCAGCACCCUGGCACAGGGCGGCACGCAGACAUGGCGUCCAGGGAAAGCCCCAAGCUCCUCUGCAAAGCGCAUGCGGGACCUUCGCUUGCGGCGCAGGAGGCAGCGAGCAGCGAUGGCGCGGGUGUUGCUGGGUGCCAGCUACCGCCCAAACGACCGGACGGUGUGGAGCAAGACCCAGAAGACGGACUGGUGGGACAACCUGCUGGCCAGCCAGUUUGACAGCAGCGAGUGGGUCCGCUACUUCCGCAUGUCCCGGGAGGCGGUGCUGGAGCUGGUGGAGAGGCUGCGGCCUGUGCUGCAGCGCGAGGACACCAACAUGCGGGCCGCCAUCCCCGUGGACAAGCGUGUGGCCCUCACGCUCUGGAAGCUCGCCACCUCGGACAGCUACAGGUCCGUGGCCAACCAGUUUGGUGUCGGGGUGUCCACCGCAUCCGUCAUUGUGAUGGAGGUGUGCGAGGCGAUCCACGACGUGCUACUGAAGCACGUCAUCCAGCUUGGAGACGCACAGGCCGUGAUGGACGGCUUCGACAGGGCCGGCUUCCCCAACUGCCUGGGGGUGGUGGAUGAGACCCACAUCCCCAUCCUGUGUUCUCCCCACGGAGCCUCCGCCUACAUCAACGGGAAGGGGCUGGUCUCCAUGGUCCUGCAGGCCCUGGUGGACAGCGCGGGCCGCUUCAUGGACGUGUACGCGGGCUGGUCCGGCGGGAUGCAGGACUCCGGCCUGCCGUGGGGCUCCCCCCUCUUUGAGCGGAUGGAGAGGGGCGCCUUCGGUCCCCAGAGCACCACGGAGAUCGGAGGGGUGGCCAUGAGGCCGGUCCUGCUGGGGGGGCCCGCCUGCCCCCUGAGGCCGUGGCUCAUGAAGCCCUACCCUCCCGAGGCCAGCGGCGGGCCGAGAGAGCGCUUCAACGCCGUCCUGAGCCGCUGCCGCGUGGCUGUGAGCUACGCCUUUGAGCGGCUGAAGGGGCGCUGGCGCUGCCUCCUCAAGCGCCUGGACGUGGCGGAGAAGAACGUCCCGCUGGUGAUCCUCGCCUGCUGCAUCCUGCACAACCUCUGCGAGAGCCGCAACGAGGCCAUGCAGGACGGCUGGGAGGAGGGCAUGGACUACGGCGACCUACCCUCGGCCGCCGCCGCGGAGGGCCCGGGGGACGGCCUCUGCGACGCCCAGGAGGCGGGGGAAGCCCACAGCAUCCGCGAGGCCUACUGCGCUCUCUUUGAAAAGAGGCGGCAGGAGUAGGAGGAGGAGCCGUGACAGGGGGGAGGGGGAGGACUCUGUG